AUGGCCAAGGAUGUGCCAGAAUCACUUGAAACUAUUAAAAUUAAAAUAAAUUAUGAUAAUAAUUGGCCAAUAGAAAAUUUCUUUGAUAGGUGUUAUUAUAAAAGAGGAGGGGAAAAUAAAAAUAUUAUUUUAAAACGCACAGAACGUUGCACGAUGAUAUCUGAUGAUUAUAAUGUAGAAACAAUUUAUUCAUAUUGA